UCAUAAAAGAGAAGGGAAGGAAGGAAGAAAGAAACCCAAAGUUCCCGAUAUAUCUUUUCUGUAGUAAAUCUCAGUGAAACCUUGAAGCCGCAAUUUUCUUUUUCUUUUUCUUUUCUUUUUUUCUCGAGAGCCAAACAAGAGAAGACCUUUGGUCACAAGUCAACGUCAUCAAACCCAGAUCCGAAUUCCACUAGAAGUAAACAACCCAACUUCUCUUCUGCUUUCCCUUCUCCCUUAUCUUUUUUUUUUCUUCUUUGAACUGGAUCAUUUCACUAUAAUCAGAAAACGACGAUAAGAAAAACAUCGGCGGAGAAAAGUGGUAAUGUCUGGGAAUUUGGCGUCCUUCAUGGUUCGGGUGUUCUCAGGUUAGCGCGGUUGUCAAUUAUAUUUGGUGGAGUUUUGGAUCUCCAUAGGCUGUUUUUGUUUUUAAUUUGCAGCACUAUCUUGGAGAUAAAAAAAAAUAAAGAGAAGGUGAAAAAUGAGGAUGAGGAACAAAUACAGGAAACCGACCACUUUACGUUGCAAUGCUGCAGGGAGCAGAUGUUCAAUGUCUGCCACAGUCUGGAGCUUGGUUGGUUGUCUUCUCAUGUUUCAAAUAUACUCCCUUGUUCGCCAAAAGGAUGGGACAGGUAGAGAGAUCCAACACCGUAUGAUUCACGACCCACAGUUGCGUGAACUUCAACAAGUGGAGGAGGAAAACAUCCAAAUCCCUCCGCCUAAGGGGAAGCGAUCUCCGCGCGCUGCAAAGAGAAGGCCAAAGAAGCCAACAACUCUUAUAGAUGAAUUUCUUGACGAGAAUUCCCAACUUAGGAGUACAUUCUUUCCUGGUGAGAAGACUUCUAUAGACCCGAUGAAGGAUGCGGGGAAUGAUAGCUUUUAUUAUUACCCGGGUAGGAUCUGGUUGGACACUGAUGGGAAUCCUAUUCAAGCCCAUGGAGGUGGAAUUCUUUAUGAUGAAAGGACAAGGACGUACUAUUGGUAUGGAGAAUACAAAGAUGGGCCCACCUAUCAUGCUCAUAAAAAGGGUGCAGCUCGGGUUGACAUCAUUGGAGUCGGUUGCUAUUCUUCCAAAGACUUGUGGAAAUGGAAAAAUGAAGGCAUUGUCCUGGCAGCAGAAGAAACAAACGAAACUCAUGAUCUCCACAAAUCAAAUGUUCUUGAGAGACCGAAAGUGAUUUACAACGAGAAGACGGGGAAGUAUGUGAUGUGGAUGCACAUUGAUGAUGUCAACUACACUAAAGCUUCUGUUGGUAUUGCUGUUAGUGAUCAACCAACUGGUCCUUUCGACUAUCUGUACAGCAAACGACCCCACGGAUUUGAGAGCAGGGACAUGACGAUUUUUAAAGACGAUGAUGGGGUGGCAUAUCUUGUGUACUCCUCCGAGGACAACAGUGAACUUCAUAUUGGACCACUAACUGAAGAUUAUCUUGACGUGACGAGCACCAUGAAGAGGGUUCUUGUGGGACAACGUAGGGAAGCCCCAGCUCUGUUCAAGUACCUGGGAACUUAUUACAUGAUCACAUCAGGCUGCUCUGGAUGGGCUCCGAAUGAGGCACUAGCCCACGCAGCAGAGUCAGUACUCGGGCCAUGGGAGACUAUGGGUAACCCGUGUGUAGUGAAAAGCAAAAGCUUUCGGCUCACAACGUUCUUUGCUCAGAGCACUUAUGUGGUUCCCCUGCCUGCGAUUCCCAGUACAUUUAUUUUCAUGGCAGAUAGGUGGAACCCGGCUGACCUGAGGGACUCGAGGUAUGUGUGGUUGCCUUUGAUUGUCGGAGGACCGGUUGACCGUCCUCUUGAUUACAAUUUCGGUUUCCCAUUAUGGUCAAGAGUCUCGAUAUUCUGGCACAGAAGAUGGAGACUUCCUCCGGGGUGGAAUGGAUUGAAAUGAAUUUGAUGGCUCUCUUGCUUAUAAUCUGUGUAUCAUAUUUGAAUAAUCUGAUCAUUCUUUCUUCUCACUGGCAUGGUAUAGCUCCAGAGCACAUGAAAUCAGGCAUUUUUAGUGAAGUUUCUUUGGCAUAGUUGUGUUAAUAUUAGCGUUGAGGAAGAGUAAGUCAGCGGAGAAACAGAUCACAUAUAUUGUUUGGAAUUUUUUUCUCUGAUAAUCAGUUCAGUUGAUUGAUACCAUCACUGGGUUUUUCCAUGAAUCCAUAUAAUAGGAAUUCUAUUAAUAGAGUAAUUUUACACGUUAAAAAUUGUCUGGGCUAUGGCCGACUCGGACGUUUGCUUGAUAAACUUGAAGGUCU